AUGGCUUCAACAGCAUACGAUUUUCAAGACUCUAGCUUGGCAAACUUUGAUGUGAUCAUGUGGUAUAAUACUACUAAACGCCCACUUCCAUGGAUAAGUUCAAGUUUGAUUGACCUAGGAUCCCUGCCAAGUGCUAUGAACAUGAUAUGUAGAGCAUUGAUUGACGUAUUGACGGUUAGCUCGAGCAAUUUUGAAAGUGGUGGGCUGGUGCCAUAUAUGGUUUCAGUGAAGGAGAGAAGGAUGUGGGCGGCGCAUGUGGUGGGGGAGGGGAGGAUGGAGGGGGAAGGGCAUUUUAUUUGGAUGGUGAUGAGGGCGGCCGUUUGGAAUGCUUUCCUCGAAUAUUUACUCCGGCGUCCUGUGAGAAUGACACUAGAAUUUACCGGAGAGAUGCCAAGCCCACAGACACUAGUACGUGGCUCUGAUGAUGCGUCCAAACUUGGUGCUUUGUGUUUCCCUUUGGUGUUGCUACAGUUGUUUCCCGUUAUAUUGACAUCGUUGGUUUAUGAGAAGCAGCAGAAAUUGACAAUCAUGAUGAAAAUGCAUGGCCUUGGUGAUGCACCUUAUUGGGUGAUUUCAUACCUAUACUUUCUGAUAAUAUGUUCACUCUAUAUCUUAUGUUUUGUGGCGUUUGGCCUUUUGGCCGGGUUAACCUUCUUCACAUUGAAUUCAGUUUCCAUCCAACUUGUUUUCUAUUUCCUCCACUUAAACUUACUGAUUUCAUCAGCAUUUCUGCUUGAGAAGUUGUUUGACAAUGUGAAGACUGUUUCUGUGGUUGGAUUCAUUUUGGUUCUUGGAAGUUGGAUCUUCUCGGUUGCUCUUUUUACGAGAUUGUUUGAAGAUGCCUCAUUUCCGAGAUCGUACCUUAUUGCCAUGGAGCUGUUUCCUGGGUUAUCACUGUAUCGUGGGCUGUAUGACUUCCAUGAAUAUUCAAAGCAGGCUUUGAAGUUAGGGACUGACGGGAUCCGGUGGCGAAGCCUAAGGGACAAAAAUAGUGGAAUGAAAGAAGUCCUUAUGAUCAUGGCAGCAGAAUGGGCUGUAUUUCUUGUCAUCUCUUAUUGUGCUAACAAAUAUACCGCAUCAGAAGGUUGUGGUCGUCUUUUCCGAAGAUCUCAAAAGACUACUUCAUCAUUUGACAAAUCUCAUUCACAACUCAAAGAACCAGGAGUUCUUGUUCAACUUGAUAAACAAGAUAUUGAUCAAGAGAUAGAAAAGGUUCAACAGUUACUAAGUGGACCAACUUCUGGCUAUCCUGUUAUCUCCGAUAAGCUCCAAAAGACAUAUCCAGCACAAGACGGGAACCCUGAGAAGCAUGCUGUCAAAAGUUUGUCUCUUGCAAUAGCUCAUGGAGAAUGCUUUGGCCUCCUUGGCCCGAACGGUGCUGGUAAAACUUCCUCCAUCAGCAUGCUGACUGGACUUACAAAGCCUAGCUCUGGCACAGCAUUUAUUGGAGGCCUAGAUUUGAGGACACAGAUGAAAGAAAUAUAUGCGAGCAUGGGUGUGUGCCCACAACAUGACCUUCUUUGGGAUACCUUGACUGGAAGAGAACAUCUGAACUUCUAUGGUAGACUUAAGAACCUCACUGGUGCUAACUUAUCACAAGCUGUCGAUGAUUCUCUCGCGAAAGUUAACUUGCUUCGAGGAGGAGAUGCUGAUAAACUUUCGAUGCAGUACAGUGGUGGAAUGAAAAGAAGAUUGAGUCUUGCAAUAUCCUUAAUAGGAGACCCAAAAGUGGUCUACCUGGAUGAACCAAGCACAGGGUUGGAUCCUGCUUCUAGGAACUUAUUGUGGGAUGCUGUGAGCCAGGCAAAACAGAAUAGAGCAAUUAUUCUAACAACCCAUUCUAUGGAGGAGGCAGAACACCUGUGUGAUCGUAUAGGAAUUUUCGUGGAUGGUAGUCUUCAAUGUUUGGGAAGUCCUGAUGAGCUAAAACAUAGAUAUGGCGGGACAUACGUUUUUACAAUGUCAACGUCGCCCAAGAAUGAAAAGGACGUGGAGGAAUUAGCAAAGAAUCUCUCCAAAAAUGCCAAAAGGACAUACCACAUUUCCGGAACCCAAAAAUUUGAGAUUCCCAAGGCUGACGUGAAGCUGUCAGAUGUGUUUCAGUAUGUAAAAGUUGCAAGGAAGAGGUUUACUGUCAAGGCUUGGGAAAUUGCUGAUACUACUAUGGAGGACGUCUUCAUCAAGGUGGCGAGAGAAAGUUCCAUGUCGACCUAG